AUGCCUUUCUCUUCGUUCUCUCUCGCCCCCUUCAACUUCCUCUUUGCUUUAUAUACCCUUUUUCUCCCGCUCCUCUGCGCCCCGGCGGCGGCGGCAGCGGCGGCGGCUUCCAAUAGCACCCUCCGGUUCGACGGCUCCGGAGUCUCCUUCUCCAGCGGAUGGAACUUGGCGCAGUUCGAGGGCCAGGACUUCGCCUUCACAGACGCUGUGGGCGAGCAGAUGCAGGUCGUUCUCCCUCCGAACACAUCCGCCGUCUUCUACCAGGGCUUCCUCGUCCAGACCGGCGCACUCUACUUCGCCUGCAUCGACUGCGCCUCCACAUCCGACACCGGACCCAAUGCUUUCCGGGUCGACGCCCACGCGGACGAUGAGAACGGCUCGCAGCCUCCGGAACCGAUCUUCUCCUUCACCGGCCUCGAUCCCACCGUCCAGCAUGUCCUGCACGUAGUCAACCUCGCCGAUGCCCGCUUCAACAACACGAGCCAGCUCACGUUCGACUCGCUUGUCGUCACCACCGGUGCGGAUGAUUCGUCAUCUACGACUACUACAUCCGACGCGUCUACCCCGACUGCCGUCUCGACCGUCACCGCCACGCGUCAAGGCCCGAUUCAGACCUCGAGCCCCACCACGUCCUCUGGAAGCUCCACCUCUAGUACCCUUACAACAACUACGGACUCCAAUGGCAACCCCGUCACUACAACGCUCGCCGUUACGGCUACGGACUCCAAUGCAGGUCCGACUUCGACCUCGACACUCACGCCCACUGACUCAAACGGGAACCCGGCCACGGGUACUGAAACGGCAACCACUACUGACGCGAAUGGGAGCACCAUCACAACUGUCUUCCCUACGGACUCGAACGGGAACCCUGUCUCGACCGCCACUCCAACUGACUCGAGGGGAAGCUCUGUCACCGCGACCACUACGGCGACUGAUUCGAAUGGCAACCCACUUUCGACUGGAACUCCUUCCGCGGUGCCCACCGACUCGACCGGGAACCCAGCUACCGGGACGCCACCGGCGACGACCACGGACGCCAACGGGAGCACCAUCACCACGGCGUUCCCCACAGACUCGAACGGCAAUCCGGUCUCGACGGCCGCCCCCACCCUCACAGACUCGAACCGGAACCCGGUCACGGGCACGAAGACGGUCACCACGACCGACGCGAGCGGAAGCACGGCUGUCACCGCCUUCCCGACGGACUCGAGCGGGAACCAGGUGCCCACCGGGCCCGGCGGCGCGAACGGCAGCGCGACGUCGGCCGGGGGGCCCACCUCGAACACGAGGGCGACCGCGCUCGCCUCUGGCGGGAUCUCGAAGCCCAUCAUCAUCACGGUCGCGGUCGUCGCCUCCCUCUUCGUCCUCGCCCUCCUCGCCGCGAUCAUCUUCAUCCUCGUCCGCACCAAGAACGCGCAGGGCCCGCCGCCCGUCGGGCCUGCCGCCGCCGAGGCGGGGCUCAUGACGCAAGUCGCGCCCGUCGCGGGCGGGGGUGUGGGCGCCGCGGCGUUCGCGAUCUCCGGCCCGCUGCCCAUGACGCCCGUCCCCGUGCGCCCGCAGAACCCGUUCGCGGACACCGUCCCGGCCAACGUCCCGAUCGACGAGCCCUCCGCGGCGGACGCGCAGACGUACGCGGACGUGCUCUCGAUCACCUCCGCGGGCUCGUACGACCUCACCGACCCGCCGCUGGCCAUGGCUGCGCCCCUGCCCGUGCCGCCGCCGCCGCUGCGGGACGGGCCGUUCGUGUACUACCCGCGCGAGGACGUCGCGCUCACCGCGGAGGACUACUACCCGCCGAGCCCAGCGCGCCGCGCGCUCCCGCCCAUCUCGCCGAGCUCGUCAGCGCGCGGCCCGCUCCCGCCGAUCCCGCCGAAGAGCCCGUUGCGCUCCGCCGGGGCUGAGGAACAACGAAGGCAGCUGCUGGCCGCGGUUGCUGCUAUCUGCGACAUCUCGACAUCCAUCCCUUCCCGGCUUUCUACCAUCUUGAAUGCUCGAGCUCCAGUCAAUCGCUGCCCAGAAGAGGUCCUCCUUCGGAUCUUUCAGCAUGUGACGUGGGAUAUCUCAGAAGAUGGACCCACUUUCGCUCUCAAGUGUGACGACCAGUACGGUCCCCAUUGGUCCACUUAUCGCGAUCCUUGGGACAUACAACUAGACCUCCGGCCUCUGAUCAACCUCACCCACAUCUGCAGGCGAUGGCGCACGAUCGCCGUAUCAUGUCCUCACUUGUGGACUCGAUUUGACGGCACCAGUCCUUCCCGCUCGAAGGUCUUUGUCACCAGGUCCCAGUCUCUCCCCCUGUCGCUUUAUGUCAACGACAAGGACAUAUCAAACAUACAUGUGAUAGCUAAAACGGCCACGCGCUUGCGACGACUGGACGCUAGCGUCUACAACACCCGCCGACCGUACCUGCCCCAAUGGCUCGUCGCUCAAGACUUACCGCAGCUAGAGGUGUUGAGCCUGUUUUUCGGAGAAACAUCGUGUGAUGGGAGUGGCAGAAAUGCUGCUCAAGUCACUAUCCUGAAGGAUCCUACUCUCAACAACCUCAAAGCAGCCGCCCUCUUUGGGAUUGGAUCCUGGAUACCCUCAAACUCGUUCCCCAACUUGACCCACCUGUUCCUUGGAGUCCAGUACAACCUCCGCAGAGCGGGCGAUAUUCUCCUCGUUUUGGCGCACACGCCGCGCCUGGAGCACCUCCAUGUGGCCAGAUUCAGGUAUAAACACUUGCGCUCUUUCCCCGCGAUGCUCCCCAUCCCUCUCCCCCACCUCCGCUCACUGGUGACCAAUCGCACCGACGAAGACGACACCAUCCGGAUAUUCGAUCAUCUCGCUCUUCCGUCAUCUGUCUCCGUUCAACAUCGCCAAUGUACCAACGUCUGGCCACCAUCUGGGCCCUCAGAGUUCACCGCUCGCAUUUUCCCGUUUCUACCCCCAGGCGUUGCUCCCCCUGGCCCGGACGCUUCCUUCGAAGUGCACGCCCGGGUCUCUUCCAGACACGAGCCAUGUGGAAGGGAUGACACCCUAUAUCAUGCCGUACGCCUUCUGAUGAAGCCCGUGAAUCCCCCUCAUAUCGCCACGCACGCUCCGCCGGGACCGUCACUGAACCCGUCGGCGCAUGAAUCUGGGCUACCCUCCGUGUGGGUCGACGGGUUCCUCACGCAAGAAAACCGCUACGUGAAGCACUGGCACUCCUUCCUCUGGUCGGCCCUCUCCACGAGCCAAGCCAGCGCACAGCUCGCCACGCUGUCCCUCGAGGUCUUCCACACCCAAGUCAACGGCCUCUGCACCGCGCUAGAGCACACGCCACGCCUCGACGCGCUCACCGUGCGUCUCACCCCGGACGACACGCUGGGCUACGCGGGCAGCGAAGCGAGGGCCUUCGACGCCGGCACGAAGGGGAGCCCCAAGGAGGUGAUGGUGUACGAAGACGCGGACCCGGUGAUCGACGCGUUCGCCGCCCUGGCCACCGUGCUCGCGGUGCGCGCGCCCCAGACGACCAGGUUCGUCUCGUGCCCGGCGCUGCGCGCGCUCGCGCUCGGCACCGCGCUCCACGCCGCGGGCCCGUGCGACGGCGACUGCUGCACGACGGAGUGCCCGGACCGGGACAACUACGAGCACGUCGUCGGCUUCGCCGACGCUCUCGCGCCCCUCGUCGAAGGGCGCCGCGGCGCGCUCCGUCGUCUGGCGGUGCAGCCGAUCUUGGUCGUCGCGGCGGGGGACACGGAAGGGGUGCAGCGAGAGUCGACGCGCGUGCGGCGGGCGUUCGACGAAGCGGGAGUGCCAGGGAUGGUGCCCGAGUUCGUGGUGGUUGGACCGGGGGAGGCUCUGUUCGCGGACAUUGGAGGUCCCGGGGCGUGGGUCGUCGAGGAGGAAGAGAAGUACUGGGACCUUGGUGAUCGGAAGCCGUACUUUGACGAACACUUUUUGCCGUAG